AGUACUAUCCGUACAACACUUGGUGAUUUUUUCCAUCCCCGGCUGAGCUACAGUGUCGCGUCGCGUGUGUCGCGCGAGUGCAUCAGGGACUUCGCUGUCGCUCGACGACCAUGUCGUCUCGCCCGCCGUUCUGGAGAGUGCCUCGGGCCAGGAGGGAUGAUGACCAAAACAUCCGAGAAAGCAUCCCGUGUCGUGAUAUGGAAUUGUCUUCACAAAGUAAGGGAACGAACGUGAGACCAGCGUCAGGUUCAUAUUUCCUCUGUCCUUUUUCGACCUCGUGCGUGAGACGAAACUCGCUGAUUUCCUUGAUUGCUUCUCCGUCUCUGCGUGCAAUAUACGGAAUGAGCAGGUCACCAGUUUUGAUGAUGCGAAGACACUCCGUGCUGGGCGGAAAGGAGGGAAAAAGAGUUCCGGGUCAUGCAGGGCCCAUGCGGGAUAUUGCUUCCGCAACAAGCUUCCUUCCUGUCUCGUAUCCGGCCGCGCCGCAAGAUGCUGCGAAGCGCGUUCGUCGCUAG